CUUCUGCAACCAUCUUUCAGUCUUCUACAAGCAAAUCUCCAAUCCUGUCACCAUGAAAUUCUUCACUAUCGCCUCCGGCCUUGUUGCGGCAGUCUCUGCCAUCGAUAUCCGCCUGCGAUCAGGAGGCGGUUGCACGGGGACAUAUGUUGCAUGCGUCGGCAUAAACCCCAACACUUGCUGCUCCAAUGGUGGUACAGCCUUUAUUGCUGUUGGCGCCGUCGCCAUCCCGUCCAACUGGAGGAUCGAGCUCAGGACCUACCAAAACGGUGGCUGCAAUACCUUGAGAGGCAUCCAAGGUUCCGGUGGAGUCACGAACAUGUGUAUCAGCGAGAACGAUGGCAUUGCUCGCCUCACCGGGGGUGGUUGGAACUUUUCUAGCAAGAAGAGAAAUGCGGGCGCCGCGGCCUGCUCGACUACUGGGUGCACCUCCACCGUGAAGCCAGAUAUCUUAGUUUUGGAAGAUGAGACAACUACCUUCGCUAUUGCGGAGAUGGAGGAAUCACUGCUCAAUGUCUUGAUGGACUAUGCUAUUAAUGGAACCCAAGCCGCAGAUCUCCCGCAGGUGUACGAGCCAUACAAGAUUGAAACCUAGAUGGGAUUGGGAAUCGUGAAGGCAUAUGAAGCUGUGAGGUUUCAUGUACACAAAGGGGUUAAAGUGGUUUUCUGCACGCUAUCUCAGUGGGUGGCGACAUAGCGUGAUCUCAUUUGUAUCUCAGGGGUCUGUGUUUGUGCGUUAGGUGGGAACGGAGGUUGGGCUGAUUGUGGUUUACCUCUUCUGCUAGUAUAGGGAGCAGCGGAAACAAUCUUAAGAGGAGAUGAUGUAGGAG